AUAAAGGGCAGGCUGGGUGGAGAUUGAUCUGAGCUCGGAGCUGCCUGCGUGCACAGCUUCUAAGAGCACCACUGCCCACUCCAGCGAUCGAGCAGAUAGCCAGUGUGAGUGGGGGUGAGAGAGCAGACAGCAGCACAGGACAGCAGCUAAGAAAAAGGUUUGGUGAGGACGCUGAACUAGCAUCUCAAUGGCCAGUAACAACACUGCCAGUAUCGCACAGGCCCGCAAACUGGUGGAGCAGCUCAAGAUGGAGGCCAACAUUGACAGGAUAAAGGUUUCUAAAGCAGCGGCUGAUCUGAUGUCGUACUGCGAGGCUCAUGCCAAGGAGGACCCGCUACUGUCGCCCGUCCCAGCCUCCGAAAACCCCUUCAGAGAGAAGAAGUUCUUCUGUGCCAUCCUGUGAGCCCCGCGGGAGCCUGGCAGGGGAGGAGUCGACGGGCGCUGGCCUCUCUGAACACACACACUUGUACAGCCCAUGGUGUGACAGAGGCGCCUUUCCCAGUAGACGCGCGCAGUAUCAAAAAAUCAAUUUAAAAAAAAGAAAAGAAGUCUAGAGGCUGCAGAGGUGCGCAUGUUUUAUAGACAGGCUUCUGCUGAUGAAGAUCUAAAAAGAUUGGGGAGUCUUCAGAGCGCGAGGCACAGCAGCCCAACACUGACUGACACACAGAGAUGUAAAAACAAACCAUUCUGUGGUUCUUUUCAAAAGGCUAUUUUCUGUUUGAUUGCUUAAUGAAGAUUAGUGCUUAGAGGCUGUAUGGACCGGUAUCAUUAUUCUGUACGGUUUUUGUUUCUUUCUUUAGUUAAAUGGUAAAUUCAUUUUUUUGUGAUUUUGUUUUUCAUUAGGUUAGCUAAAUGCCUUUUAGGAAAAAAAAAUGUAAAAACGUUUUGAAGGCUUGAUAAAUGAAUGGUGUUUACCGUAACGUAUUUUAACAGAAGAAAUGCAAUGCAGUGUGAAUUUGUUUUCUAACGAUACUAAUCACUCUUUUUAACCUUUGUAUAUGAUAGCUAGGGAGUGAACCCUGUGUCGUGUUCAGUGUUAUGAAUGUGGUGAUGAUCAUCAUGAUGAUGAAGAAUACAGUAAUAUUGCAGGAAAUGGGCAAAGCUGACAAAUGUACCCUUUUCAAAUUGUAUUCGUUUUUAUUUAUUUUUAUUCUCAUAGUUCAACCCAAGCAGACAGAUCAGGAAAAU